AUGGUGAAGGUGACGGUUGGCAAGGCGGAAGACCCCUGGUGCGAGAUCGACCUCACAGAGGAAGACGUGGAGGAUUGGAGGAAGGGUGUAGACAUCACCGAAGAGAAGCUCAAGGAGGUUAUCCAGUUGCCACCUAUCACCCUCGACAACUGCCAUGAGCGCGAGGAUGGUGACCUGCAGCCGCUCGACUAUGAGCAAAGUGAGCGCACCCUAGGGAAGUGGGAUGAAAUCACCUUCGAAGAGGAGGUGAAUGGCAAGUAUUGGCAUGCGGUCAUCAUGGCCCUGCACCGCAUCCGCGAGGACUUCGUCAAGAAGCAGCACUUCGCCUUCACAACACAUUUGAUGGCUAAGCCUUGA